AUGGCACUGCCUGCGUUUGCAGCCCAGGCGCUCGGGCCGCCGCCGUUGCAACCGGAGCAAGGAGCGCCCGCCCGCACCACCUGUCCCCGCCGGCAUUCCAGAGUAGAGGCUGAAUUGGCAGCAAGCCGGCCCGGGUCGGUCGCCGCCUCAGUCCGCGCCGGCCCUCCUAGGGGUGUGUCUCUGGGAUUCAACUCCCCGCCACUCCAGGACAAGCCCCCAAAGGCAUUUUCUUCCUUGGCGGGAGCCUUGCGCGCCCCGCUCUUCGCGCUGCUGCCUCGAGGCCGCCGCAGGCGGAUGCACGACCUCAGGCGACGCUGGGACCUGGGCUCCCUCUGCCGGGCCCUGCUCACUCGGGGCCUGGCAGCCGUGGGCCACUCGCUCAAGCACGUGCUCAGUGCGAUCUUCUCCAAGAUUUUCGGUCCCUUGGCCAGCGUCGGGAACAUGGAUGAGAAAUCCAACAAGCUGCUGCUGGCUUUGGUGAUGCUCUUCCUAUUUGCCGUGAUCGUCCUCCAAUACGUGUGCCCCGGCACAGAAUGCCAGCUCCUCCGCCUGCAGGCGUUCAGCUCCCCGGUGCCCGAUCCGUACCGCUCGGAGGAUGAGAGCUCCGCCAGGUUUGUACCCCGCUACAAUUUCAGCCGCAGCGAUCUCCUGCGCAAGGUAGACUUCGACAUCAAGGGCGAUGACCUGAUCGUGUUCCUGCACAUCCAGAAGACUGGGGGCACCACUUUUGGCCGUCACCUGGUGCGCAACAUCCAGCUGGAGCAGCCAUGUGAGUGCCGCGUGGGGCAGAAGAAAUGCACUUGCCACCGGCCGGGUAAGAGGGAGACCUGGCUCUUCUCCAGGUUCUCCACCGGCUGGAGUUGCGGGCUGCAUGCCGACUGGACCGAGCUCACCAGCUGCGUGCCCGCAGUGGUGGAUGGCAAGCGCGAUGCCAGGCUGAGACCUUCCAGGUGGAGGAUUUUUCAGAUUCUAGAUGCAACUAGUAAGGAUAGAUGGGGUUCUUCAAACUUCAACUCAGGUGCCAACUCUCCAUCAUCUACAAAGACCCGGAGCACAACUAAGAGUGGGAAGAACUUCCACUAUAUCACCAUCCUCCGAGACCCAGUGUCCCGGUACUUGAGCGAGUGGAGACAUGUCCAGAGAGGGGCAACAUGGAAAGCAUCCCUGCACGUCUGUGAUGGGAGGCCCCCAACCUCUGAAGAACUGCCCAGCUGCUACACCGGUGAUGACUGGUCUGGCUGCCCUCUCAAAGAGUUCAUGGACUGCCCCUACAAUCUGGCCAACAACCGCCAAGUGCGCAUGCUCUCUGACCUGACUCUAGUGGGCUGCUACAACCUCUCUGUCAUGCCAGAAAAGCAAAGAAACAAGGUCCUUCUGGAAAGUGCCAAGUCCAAUCUGAAGCACAUGGCAUUCUUUGGCCUCACCGAGUUUCAGCGCAAGACCCAGUACCUGUUUGAGAAGACCUUCAACAUGAACUUUAUCUCGCCGUUUACUCAAUACAAUACCACUAGGGCCUCCAGCGUAGAGAUCAGUGAGGAAAUCCAAAAGCGUAUUGAGGGAUUGAAUUUUCUGGAUAUGGAGUUGUACAGCUAUGCGAAAGACCUCUUUCUGCAAAGGUAUCAGUUCAUGAGGCAGAAGGAGCAUCAGGAUGCCAGGCGGAAGCGUCAGGAGCAACGCAAAUUUCUGAAGGGAAGGUUCCUUCAGACCCAUUUCCAGAGUCAGAGUCAGAGUCCGGGCCAGGGCCAGGGCCAGGGCCAGAACCAGAGUCCAGGUCAGAAUCUGAGUCAGAAUCCAAAUCCCAACCCAAAUCAGAACCUGACUCAGAAUCUGAGUCAGAAUCUGACUCAGAGUUCCAAUCCCAAUUUGGUUCAGAAGGAGAACCGGGGAGGUCAGAAGCAGGGCUCAGGCCAGGAGCAGAGUGAUGGCAGCACCAGCAAUGGCACCAAUGACUACAUAGGCAGCGUAGAGACAUGGCGCUAACUGGCUCUGAAAGGUUUGUGCACACUGCUUCCCAAAGCACCACCAAAAAGAUGGCAUGUAUCUUACAAGAUGGAAAUGUCCAAACACAUCCUGCUUCCUUCAUUUUGGAAGUUCAAAAAAAGUGUAGAUGUUGCCUUUACAGUUGCCUUUUGAUUCAGUGUUGCACUGUGUGUGGCUAAAACAGAUCUCAGUGUGUAAUUAAAUUGUCUUUUUUGGGAUGAACUAUUUCUGCAAUCCAAGAGCCAAACCAGACACACCAGAAAUUGCAGUUUAGAUAUUUUAAGAAGUUCUUAAAUUAGGUAUGGGGACACAAAGAAAACACGAAAUGUGGCCAUUUAAACUUAUGGCUAAGAAACAGAUUUUAAAUGAUUCCGGAUACUCUGUUAAAACCCA